AUGCCAGCCCCAUCACUGCUUCACCUGGCUACAGCCACGGCUAUCCGCUUCAUCAAGGACCUGGAUAAUCUGGGGGCCAUGCCAUACUCACUCGCCCGUCCUAUUUUGCUUAAUAUCCAUAACCCCGAAAAGCUGCAUGUUAUGGAGCUCGCAUCCCCCCACCUCGCCGAAGAAGACGAAGAACUGUGGCUUGAGCUCAUUAAACGGGACAUUCCUGAGUGGGAAACGUACCACCUCCCGGAUAGUACCAACAACUGGUAUGGGGUUUACUGUGAUCUCCGCGACCAAGUCCAACGUUCUCUUGAUGCCGAUGCGGAGAGAAUGAAGAUGGCGAUUGACGGCAUCAGUGCAAAGCGUGCACUCCUCACCCCCAAACUCAUACCCGAGAGCAAGGGCUUGCGCAUGGCCGGAUCCCGACCGUCUGUGCGACAGCGUCAUGCUCCAUAUGAUCGCAGGAUAGGCGGUGGUGUUGAAAAGAAGCCUAGUAUCUUCCAGCCGCAGAAACGCAACACCGCGCUGACGAUGCCUACGAAGUCCCUCAACAACCGUGCGUCGCAAGUUAAGCGUGCACCGAUCGGUCUGGUCGAAGAACACCGCCGCCCCGCCGAGCAGCCGGCACCACAGCCGAUAUCAAAGGCGCAACCUCUUCCCCCACGAAUCAGCCGGCGGCCCGGCAUGCUUCCACCCUCACUUCAGCACCCCAUGCUAGGCAAGAAUGAGGCGCGACUACGCGCACUGACUUCCACCGCCUCCACCGCCUCACCCCGUGGUGCAUCCAAUAGCGAUUCGUCUAGCGUAAAGAAGUCACCAGCUGUGGCCACUGAGCCCAUGCCUAAGCUGAAGCGCCGUCCGACCUCCCCCACUCGUGGUGCCGAGACACCCUCUUCUUCUUCUUCAUCUCUUCCCGCCUCUCACACCUCUUCUCUCCCCUCCUCCCGCCCACCUUCCUCCGGGCCUCCUCUUUCCCGCCCGGGCGUUAUUCGUCGGCGCCCGGCGCCGAGCAUUUUCAUGCCGGCAAAGCGACGACAUUUAUCGUGA